AUGUUGGACGUGGUGAAGGAGAAGGUGUCUUCGAUGGCCGGGGGUCCUCCCACAACAGCUGUCAAAGAUGCGGACAGCAUCGCGGCAGAAGGUGCGAACAUCUAUAGCAUGGCACGUGCACAGUUGGCAUGCGGCGGCAUGCGUCGACCAGUGCGCCUGACCCGUAAAUGCUGCAGCUGGGCCCGUGAAGUCCCUGGCCCCAAAGAUUCCAAGCACCUGAUAAAACUCAAACGGAUAGCAGUCCGAGAGCAAAAGCACGUAAAAGCCUUCAAUCCGCAAUGCCCACUACUCAAACAACAGCCUGCUGGCGAAGGCUCUCCCCUCGUGAUGCUGCCCAUCACCUACAAGGCCGCCGGCUCCCUUUGCUUCGUUGGAAACGCCGAGUCCCACAUUGUAGCAGACAGCAGCAGCUAUAUUGCAUGUUGUGAAGAUAAAAUUUGGGUGUGGGUCGUUGAGAUGUUGGACGUGGUGAAGGAGAAGGUGUCUUCGAUGGCCGGGGGUCCUCCCACAACAGCUGUCAAAGAUGCGGACAGCAUCGCGGCAGAAGGUGCGAACAUCUAUAGCAUGGCACGUGCACAGUUGGCAUGCGGCGGCAUGCGUCGACCAGUGCGCCUGACCCGUAAAUGCUGCAGCUGGGCCCGUGAAGUGAUGCCGCCCAUCACCUACAAGGCCGCCGGCUCCCUUUGCUUCGUUGGAGAAGGUGUCUUCGAUGGCCGGGGUCCUCCCACAGCAGCUGUCAAAAAUGCGGACAGCAUCACGGCAGAAGGUGAUGCCACCCAUCACCUACAAGGCCGCCGGCUCCUUGCUGCGAUGGUGCUCCGGGUCCUCUUCCUCAUCGUGGCGCAGUUCGGGGGUGGUGCGCUGCAGCAGGCCGCGCAGAGCAUGAUCCCAACUCCUGUCAUGGUGAUUUAUGGGCCCUUUGGCGACAAGCCGGCAACUGCGCCUUACGCAGACAGAAAGCUUCGUACGGCAGGGACCAUGUCGAAAGUGCUCUUGACAGAUUUAGAGAAAGAGGACACCCUUGCCCAGGAGGCCACUCUCAAGGAGCCGGUCUCCCGGCAGGAGGCGAAGGAAGCGCUGGACGCAGCGAUGGCAGCCCAGGACACGGCGCAGCUGCAGUCUGCGAUUGAGCUGUCCAGAAGAGCUGGCACUCCAAGCUCGAGGUUGGUGAAGGCAGAGUUUGAGUUGCAAAAGCUCUUCAUGCAGGAGCUCGUGGAGAAGGCUGCGGCCUCCCACGACGCCGAGACGCUGCGCUCGGCGGUGAUGCGUGCUUCACGUUUGGGCAUCGAUUCGGCCACCCUGGCGAGUGCCAAGAAACGUCUGGAGGUGCUCACGACCGAGGAGAUGCUCAGAAUAGCGAUGCGCAACAAUGUGACCGGGCACCUGCAGAAAUGCAUCGACAUGGCAGUGUUCCGAAAGGCAGAUCCGGAGCUGAUCAAGCAGGCGCAGUCGCUGCUGGAGAAGUCCACAGCCGAGCGUUCCCUCAUUGCCGCGAUGAAUAGCCGGGAGGUCGACAAGCUGACGCAGGCCGUGGAGGAUGCGACGAGCGCUGGCCUCCCUGAAGCAGACAUCGAGGAAGCGCGGCAGAUUCUAGCUGUGGAGCAGGCAAAGGUCAAAGAGCGAGAGAACGUCAAGGAGAAGCCGCCCAAGGACGAAGUGGAGGAGCGCCUGAGGACGGCAAUCAAUCUGCAGGAGACAGGCGCCUUGCUCAAAGCCAUCAAGCUCGCCAAGCGCGCGGAUGAGGCCGUGAAGCUCAAUCCCGAGUACGCCGUCGGGCGCAGCACGCACGAGGCGUCCAUUCAGGAGGCCGAGCACCUGGUGGUCCUUUUGGAGGUGGACAUGCAGCUUCCUCGGGCCAUUCGUAGCAAAGACCAGCAGAAGCUGAAGGCAGUGCUGACGAAGGCAAAGACAUGGCACAUCGACACUGAGGAGGUCGAGCAAGGCCAGCAGCUUCUGACGCAGAUCGAGGCAGAUGAGGCUUUACGGCUAGCCAUGGCCAGCAAGAGCGAGGAGCAGCUGGUCGCCGCACUGGAGCAGGCUCAUCAGUCUGGCGCAGACCGUCUGAGGAUCCACAAGGCCGAGGGGAUGGUCGCGCUGCUGCGCGGCCUUCGGGAGCUGCGAGAAGCCACCGAGAGCAAGGACCCCGACUGGAUGGAGCAGGCCAUACAGCAAGCGAAGGAGUCAGGUGUCCCAAGGACGGAGAUCAGCAAAGCUGAAGGCCUCCUCAAGUCUCUCACGCGGAGCGUGCCAGUAAGCCGAAUGGGGAGCAAGCUUGUGGACGAGGACCGGCCGCCGCUCAGCCGACAGGGAAGCAAGUUGGACGACCGGCCGCCAUUGAGCCGACAGGGAAGCAAGUUCGUGCACGAGGAGAAGCUGCCUAGGAUUCUGGUGACUUAA